UGUUCUGUACUUCGGAUUGUGCACAUAAAGUGUUCGAUAAAAUGUCUAAACCAUCACCAUACAGAAGAUAUUUGAUUACUUCCGGUCUGAACCAGUUUUUGAAAAAGAGCAUGUUGGAGGAAUCGCAAUGUACCUAUGUCCAGGUGAGACACAAGUCGGGUGGAGGAUUUAGACCGAAGAAGAAAGUGUACCACAGAGUUCACGAGCUUGAUAAAGCCAUUGACCUGAAGAAGAAGCCAGCUCUUAUACUCCAACUCAAAUCCAUGAUCCAAACGCAGAAAUAUGGAAGCAUUCUUCUAAGGGAUCUCGAGAAGCAUGUUGGGUUUGUCCAGAAAUGGAACUUAAUGGCUGCCAUUGAGAAGUACCCUUCGAUAUUCCACGUUGGAGGUGGGAACAGAGAGCCUCCUUUCGUUAUGCUGACUGAGAAAGCUAAGAAGAUUGCAGAUGAAGAAGGUGAAGCUGUAGAGUCAAUGGAACCUAUUCUCGUUGACAAUCUCAGGAAGCUGCUGAUGAUGUCUGUUGAUUGCAGAGUGCCUCUGGAGAAGGUUGAGUUUAUUCAGUCUGCAAUGGGUUUGCCUCAUGACUUUAAGAGUAACUUGAUCCCCAAGUAUCCAGAUUUUUUCUCUUUGAAGGUUGUUAAUGGUAAAGUCCAUCUCGUGUUAGAGAACUGGGAUUCUUCACUGGCUAUCACCGCAAGGGAAGAUAGGUUGGCCCGUGAAGGAGUUCUCGAGAACAGAAAGAAGGUUAGGAUCACAAAGGAUGGUAACUUCUUGGGACCAAACGCGUUUAGGGUUUCGUUUCCUCCUGGCUUUAGGCCUAACGCGAGUUAUCUAGAGGAGUUCGAGAAGUGGCAGAAGAUGGAGUUUCCAUCUCCUUACCUAAACGCGAGAAGAUUUGAUGUUGCGGAUCCCAGAGCUAGGAAACGAGUCGUAGCCCUGCUUCACGAGCUGCUCAGUUUAACGAUGGAGAAGAGAGUGACGUGUGCUCAGCUUGACGCGUUUCACUCGGAGUAUUUGCUUCCGUCGAGACUAAUACUUUGCUUGAUAAAGCAUCAGGGAAUCUUCUACAUUACUAACAAAGGAGCCAGAGGUACAGUCUUUCUCAAAGAGGCUUAUGCUGGUUCUAGUUUGAUCGAGAAGUGCCCUUUAUUAUUGUUCCAAGAGAGAUUUGUUGCACUCUGUGGUCGGAGAUAAGUGAAUAAUGUAUGUAAUGAAACGCAGACUUCAAGUGUUAUCUCUUGAUGUUACAUCAAAACCAGAGACAUAAGAUUUAGUCUAAGGGCUUUGAAAAUUAGAAGCAUUUUGAUGUAUCCUUUCUUUUUACAUUCCAUUGUCUUUUUUUUGGUUUGUU